UCUAGCAUUAAAUUAUUGUAACAGCUUCCCCCACUUGUUAUUUACAGGUGUUGCUCAGCCCGAACAGGGGGACUAUAUAUACAGGUGCCCCUUUUUCACCCCCACCCCUGACCUCACAGAGUCUACGAACGCCUCUGGCCUCUUUGAAUCCCACUGUUUUGGACUUGGAAGAAGUUGACAAACAAAACAAGUGAAAAUAAGAGCGAACUUUCUAAACCUCCCCAGCAGAACUUCUUCAGUCCUGACUCAGACUCUCUCAGACCUCCUCGCUCACAAAGUCCGCUAUGGCACCAGGAGGAAGAGAGGGAGCAGAAAAAAAGGAAAAGAUUUGACAACAUGGCGCAGUUUCCCUGAGAAAAGUUUCCCCCUGCACGACACACGGCUGCGCUCGGUUCUGCGCCUUCUCCUCGCUGGUUAUCUGCGCUACGACGCGGACGUGUUUUCUCUGGCGACACUCGGAGCAAACAGUGGAUGACAAACAACAAGUCAGCGAGGAGGGUGGUGGGAUGAGAGCGGCGAGAAGAAGCUCAAACCACAGCAGGCAGACAGGAUGGAGAAGCCAGCGACUCUCAAAGGAAAGUUUUCAAUCUUCAGUUCUCGGGCAGCGGGCAGACCGAUCCGGUGUGUUGGUGGUGACGACAUGGCCAGGUAUGGUCUCAGCAAAGCAGAGUUCAUGGAGAAAGUGCAGCAGAGCAAUGAGGCGUGUCAGCGUGGUGACUUUGAGGCGGCUGUUCAUUUGUACAGUGAGGCCCUGCGAGCCGAUCCACAGAACUGCAUCCUGUAUAGUAACCGUUCGGCAGCUCUUCUCAAAAUGGGACAACACCAGGUGGCUCUGGAGGAUGCUGAAAAGGCUUGUGAGCUUAACCCCAAGUGGCCCAAGGCAUACUUCCGACAGGGUGUUGCCCUUCAGUACCUUGGUCGCCAUGCCGACGCUCUGGCCGCCUUCGCCUCCGGGCUGGCCCAAGACCCCAAGAGCCUACAGCUCCUGGUGGGCAUGAUCGAAGCUGCCAUGAAGUCGCCACUACGAGAGUCUCUCGAGCCCACCUAUCAGCAGCUGCAAAAGAUGAAGCUGGACAAGAGUCCCUUUGUGGUGGUGUCUGUGAUCGGCCAGGAGCUGCUGACAGCAAGCCACCACACGGCUUCUGUUGUGGUGCUGGAAGCAGCUUUGAAGAUCGGUACAUGCAGCCUCAAGCUACGCGGCUCCGUCUUCUCUGCCCUCAGCAGCGCCCACUGGUCCCUUGGAAACACAGAGAAGAGCACCGGCUACAUGCAGCAGGACUUAGAGGUGGCCAAGACCUUAGGUGACCAAACAGGGGAAUGCCGUGCUCAUGGGAAUCUGGGCUCGGCAUUCUUCUCCAAGGGAAACUACCGUGAAGCGCUGACCAACCAUCGCAACCAGCUGGUUCUGGCCAUGAAGCUAAAGGACAGAGAGGCUGCUUCGAUGGCACUGAGCAGCUUGGGCCAUGUAUAUACAGCCAUAGGAGACUAUCCAAACGCCCUGGCCAGCCACAAGCAGUGCGUCCUGCUGGCCAAGCAGUCCAAGGAUCAGCUGUCUGAGGCGCGCGAGCUGGGAAACAUGGGGGCCGUCUACAUCGCCAUGGGAGACUUUGAAAACGCUGUCCAGUGUCAUGAGCAGCACCUGGGCAUCGCCAAGGCCCUGGAAAAUAAACGUGAGGAAGCUCGGGCCUACAGUAACUUGGGCAGUGCCUACCACUACCACCGUAACUUUGACAAGGCCAUGUCCUACCACACGCAUGUUCUGGAGCUCGCCCAGGAGCUAGAAGAAAAGUCCAUUGAGAUGAGAGCCUACGCGGGACUGGGCCACGCAGCGCGCUGUAUGCAGGACUUGGAAAGAGCCAAGCAGUACCAUGAACAGCAGCUGUCUAUAGCUGAGGGUUUGAAGGACAGGGCCGCAGAAGGAAGGGCCUCCUCCAAUCUAGGAAUUAUCCACCAGAUGAAGGGGGACUAUGAGACUGCACUGAAACUCCACAAAACACACCUGGCCAUCGCUCAGGAGCUGAACGACUACGCGGCUCAGGGCCGGGCAUAUGGUAACAUGGGCAACGCCUACAAUGCCCUGGGAGCAUUUGACCAGGCUGUUCGCUACCACCGCCAGGAGCUGCAGAUCUCCAUGGAGGUCAAUGACCGGGCCUCGCAGGCAUCCACCCAUGGCAAUCUGGCUGUGGCUUACCAGGCCCUGGGAGCCCACGACCGUGCUCUGCAGCAUUACCAGAACCACCUCAACAUAGCUCGUGAGCUCAGAGACGUCCAGAGUGAGGCACGGGCUUUGGGCAACCUCGGCAACUUCCACUGCUCUCGAGGAGAGUUCCCCCAGGCCGUGCCCUACUAUGAGCAGUACCUCCGGCUGUCCCCUGACCUCCAGGACAUGGAGAGUGAAGGGAAAGUUUGUCACAAUCUAGGUUAUGCCCACUACUGCCUGGGCAACUAUCAGGAUGCUGUCAAAUACUAUGAGCAGGACUUAGCUCUUGCCAAGGACCUUCAUGACAAACUGAGUCAGGCGAAGGCUUACUGUAACCUUGGUUUGGCAUUCAAAGCCCUAGGAGACUUUACUAAGGCAGAGGAGUGUCAGAAAUACCUCCUGUCACUGGCCCAGUCUCUGAACAAUGCACAGGCCCGCUUCAGAGCUCUGGGAAACCUGGGAGACAUAUUUGUCUGUAAGAAGGAUGUGGCCGGAGCCAUUCAGUUUUAUGAGCAGCAACUGGCCUUAGCUCACCAGGUUAAGGAGCGUAGGAUGGAGGCCUGUGCCUAUGCCGCCCUGGGGGCCACGUACAGACUUGUGCAGAAAUAUGACAAAGCACUGGGCUACCACACCCAGGAGCUGGAGGUGUACCAAGAGCUGGGCGAUGUGUCGGGAGAGUGCAAAGCCCACGGUCACCUGGCAGCCGUCUACAUGGCCCUGGGGAAAUACGCCAUGGCCUUCAAGAGCUACGAGGAGCAAUUGGAGCUGGGGCGGAGGCUGAAAGAUCCUGUGGUGGAGGCUCAGGUGUACGGGAACAUGGGCAUCACUAAAAUGAAUGUAGGGGUGAUGGAGGAGGCGAUUGGCUACCUGGAGCAGCAGCUGGCCACUUUACAACAGCUGAGUGGCAACGAGGCAGUCAUGGACAGGGGCAGGGCCUAUGGGAACUUGGGAGACUGUUAUGAGGCUCUAGGAGACUUUGAGGAAGCCAUCAAGUAUUAUGACCAAUAUCUGUCAGUGGCCCAGAGCCUCAACCGCAUGCAGGACCAGGAGAAGGCCUACAGAGGCUUAGGCAAUGGACACAGGGCCAUGGGACACCUACAGCAGUCGCUGGUGUGUUUUGAGAAGCGACUAGUGGUGGCUCACGAGCUCGGGGAGUGCGGGGGCAAGGCCCAGGCCUAUGGUGAACUAGGUGCUCUCCACAGUCAACUGGGCAAUUACGAGCAGGCCAUCUCCUGUCUGGAGCGUCAACUGGUCAUCGCCCGCGACACCCAGGACCGACUACUGGAGGGUGACGCCAGCUGCGGUUUGGGUGUUGUAUAUCAAUCUAUGGGGGAGUAUGAGACAGCCCUGCGAUGCCACCAAAGUGACCUGGAGAUUGCAGAGGAGACGGGUAGCCCCACACGCCAGGCUCGCGCCUACGGCAACUUAGGCCUUACCUAUGAGUCGCUAGGAAACUACGAGCGGGCAGUCGUGUUCCAAGAACAGCACCUAAGUGUGGCAGCACAGACUAAUGACUUGGCUGCCAAGACACUGGCCUAUGGUAGCCUGGGGAGAACACACCAUGCACUGCAAAACUACUCACAGGCUGUCAUGUACCUGCAGGAAGUAUUGGAGUGUUUUCACAUGCAUUGUUUUGUGCUGUGUUUAUACAGGAGUUGCCAGAGUAUGACCAGCCUGUUCAGUAACACCAUGUCUCCUGCCAAAGAUGGUAACUCUUCUCUGCCUCGCCGCUCCAGCAACCUCGGCAAACCUCCACUCCGGGCACUUUAUGAUUUGCUGAUUGCACCUAUGGAAGGGGGCUUGAUGCACUCCAGUGGACCAGUUGGCAGACACAGACAGCUGGUGAUGGUGCUGGAGGGAGAACUGUACCUCAUCCCCUUUGCUCUGCUUAAAGGAAGCUCCUCAAAUGAAUAUCUGUAUGAACGCUUCAGCCUCAUCGCUGUUCCCUCCAUCCAUGGCCUUGGAUCCAGUGUAAAGGCUCAUUCUCGGCGCCCAGGACCAGCUCCAUGUGGCGGUGUCUCGAUGGCAGCAGUGGUAGGGAACCCUCGCCUGCCCUCGCCUGUGAUGGACCGCUGGCUGUGGGGACCCAUGCCCUCUGCGGAGGAGGAGGCUCUGAUGGUGGCUGAACUGCUCGGAUGCCAACCCUUGGCCGGCUCUUCCGCGACCAAGGAGAGGGUGAUGAGUGCCCUCACACAAGCAGAGUGCGCCCACUUUGCCACCCACAUUUCUUGGAAAUUGGCAGCUCUGGUGCUCACCCCAAACCCAGAGGGAGUGCCUGGUGGGGCAAGUGCUAGCGUGGGAGUGGGAACUGUGGGGAGAGGUGCAGGCGGAAGGAGAGGCAGCAGUGGCAGAGGCAGGAAGGGCUCGAUUGGAAGUGGCUACACCAUCCCAGAGUCUCUCCACAUGCAGGAUGACAGCAGUGAUGUGGAAAGUAUCUGUGACAGUCCCCCGCUGCAGGAGUUCCUCCUUACAGCUGCAGAUAUAUUGGACCUGAGGUUGCCUGUCAAGCUGGUGGUGCUGGGUUCAUACCAGGAGUCCAGCAGCAAGGUCACAGCAGACGGUGUUGUGGGAUUGACCAGGGCCUUCCUUGCCGCUGGGGCUCAGUGUGUUCUCGUGUCCUUGUGGCCCGUCCCUGUCGCAGCCUCCAAGGUUUUCGUACAUGCCUUCUACACUGCCCUGCUCAAUGGGACCAAGGCUAGUGCAGCCCUGGCAGAUGCCAUGAAGACUGUUCAGAGCAGCAAGCAGUAUUCACACCCCUCCAACUGGGCAGGAUAUAUGCUGAUUGGCAAUGAUGUGAAGCUCAACAGCCCAUCUUCCCUCAUCGGCCAAGCUUUGGCAGAAAUUCUGCAGUUUCCAGACCGAGUUCGUGAUGCUCUGAGAGUGUUACUCCAUCUGGUGGAGAAGUCUCUGCAGAGGAUACAGAACGGCCAGCGUAACUCCAUGUACACAUCCCAGCAGAGUGUGGAGAACAAGGUUGGGGGGAUCCCUGGCUGGCAGGCCCUGCUGACAGCUGUGGGCUUCCGUCUUGACUCUGCAGGCACUGGUAUCCCUGCUGCUGUCUUCUUUCCCACUGCAGACCCAGGAGACAGGCUUCAGCAGUGCAGCACUACUUUACAAUCACUACUGGGUCUACCGCCACCAGCUCUCCAGGCUUUGUGCAAACUCAUCACAGCAUCAGAGGCAGGAGAGCAGCUCAUCAACCGGGCUGUUAAAAAUAUGGUGGCUAUGCUCCAUCAGGUGCUAGUCCAACUCCAGACAGGAGAGAAGGAGCAGGAUUUCUCCCUCCUGCCCAUUCAGGUGUCCAUUAGUGUGCAGCUAUGGAGACUGCCAGGAUGCCAUGAGUUUCUGGCUGCUCUUGGAUUUGACUUAUGUGAGGUCGGCCAAGAAGAAGUGGUGCUGAAGACAGGCAAGCUAGCCAACCGCCGCACCUUGCACUUUGCCCUCCAGUCUCUGCUGGCACUGUUCGACUCCACAGAACUACCCAAGCGUCUGAGCCUGGACAGCUCAUCUUCCCUUGAGUCUCUAGCCUCUGCCCAGUCUGUGUCCAACCCUAUGCCCAUGGGAUACUCAAGCCUUCCCUUUUCUCCUCAUUGCCUGGACAAUCAGGCAUCAGAUGCCAUCUCUGUCUAUAGCCUCAGCUCUGUAGCCUCUUCCAUGAGCUUUGCUUCCAAGUCAGAGUGUGAUUUCCUCAGUCAUCGGCAACGCAGUGGGGCCACAGCACACUACUCCAUCCACAAACACCCUCACGUUCCCCGCAGUCGCUCCUCCCCUCAUGGGGCAGCCGCUGCGGUGGCAGGAGCCCGGGGGGAUGAGGAGGAAUAUGAGGGUUUUUCCAUCAUCAGCAGCGAGCCACUGGGAAGUCACUGUGACUCCUUGCCUCUGCCACCAGGCCACAGCCAGCGCCACCACCGUGGAGGCAGGGGGGUCGUCGGUGGAUCUGGCACAGGAGCAGGGAGAGGCUACACUGUGUCAGUAUCAUCAAGGGGCAGUGUCAGCACCCCCACAUCCCCUGUAAAAACAUGCCUGGUGCCCAGCCCAAACUCACCAUUCCAGAAGGUGGGUAAGGUGAGCAGUUCAGAUACAGGUGAAUCUGACCAGUCCAGCACAGAGACCGACAGCACUGUCAAGUCUCAGGAAGAAAAAACUGUCCCUCUGGAUCCUCAGGAGCUGGCCCAGAAGAUUCUGGAGGAGACUCAGAGCCAUCUACGGGCUGUGGGUAGCCUUCAGCGAGCUGGGGCAGAGGGUGGCACAGCUGGAGGAACCUCAGCACGUAGCAGCGCCUUCCGAUCUUCUGAAACUAGUGCUUUUAGCCGUCCUAACAGCAGCGCUAGUGGCCGAGCUCAGUCAUCCCCAAAACCCAAACCUCCCUCACGUUCCUCUUCACUGCAGAAGAUAAGCUCAGGCUACAAUAGUCCUGCGGUUUCAGAGUCUUCCCAAAAGGAGGGAAGCCACCCUUCGCCCACUCUGGACAGCCAUGCACAGUUGAAACUCAAGUACCCAAGCUCCCCAUACAGUGGCCACAUUUCUCGUUCCCCGAGUAAUGUGUCUCCUAGUUCGGGUCACCAGUCCCCUGCUGGUAGUGCUCCAUCCCCUGCCCUGUCCUACUCUUCUACAGGCUCUGCCUGCUCUACAUCAGCUGAUGCCCCAGACUUGGACCGGCUAAGAAGAGGGGUGAUUGAUGAGAAAGUCCAAGCUAUCCACAAUCUGAAGACCUUUUGGGCUAACGCUGCAGCCCAGCAACAGCAACAUCUACGUCCUGUCAGAGCCAUCCACAGUUCUCCUGGACCCCUUGCCUCCGCCAGUCGGGAUGUACUGAGCCUUCUGAACCUCUCACCACGCCGUUGCUCCCCUAAUGAUACCCAAGACAGCCUGGAGCUGCGGGAGCUGGGGCUGCAGUCACUGGAAAGGGGCAGCAAGAACUCUUCCAAUGGACACCACUGCUCCAACAGCAGAAAAGGGGCUCCAUCACCCACUAUUUCCACAAGCAGUAGCCCUGGUGCUCGUUCUAUCCGACUACCUGCUGGCAAUGGAUACAAGUUUCUGUCACCUGGGAGAUUUUUCCCAUCCUCAAAAUGCUGAGACAUUUAAAAGGGUCCUAUACUUUUACCUAUAAUUUGUUAUCCUGUGUGCUGGAGGAGUGGGGCACUUUUUCAGGACCACAAGGCCCACCAAGCUUGACUGACAUUGAGAAAAAUGAGAUGGGGUCAGUGAGUGCGAUCCUGCAGAGGCACAUGAAUGCUUUGGUGUGUCUUGUCUAUGUGCCCAUAACACUGUAAAUGGCAAUGAGAAGUACUCAACGACCUGAUACUGUGUUUGUGUGUAACUGUGUGUCAGGUAGAUGUAAAUGCCAUUCGGUAUUUUCCCCCAAAAAACUGUUUGUGUGGGCCAAGAUGCAACAGCUAUGACUGGUUUUCUCCAUUCUAUUUUUUUGUUUUAAAUU